AUAACACUGAUAUGAUGAUCAGAACGCUCCCAAAAAGGUACAUAAAGACAGGGUUUCGUCCUUUUCUCUGACAUCUUGCUACCAGCUACCGGCUCAGCAGCUUCGCCGGAUCGUCCUAACAAGCUCUUCACUGAAAUCCCACUCUAACAUCAUGCUAUUCUCCGGACUCAGCAGCACGUUGCUUCUCGGAGCAACAUGUUUACUCAUGAGUUCAGGCUAUACCAGAGCUGACGAUGUGUCCCCACCAAAAAAUGCCCGCUGUGACAGCGAGAUCUGCCGCUUGAGCCACGUUGAGAGCAUAACAUGUGAAGGAUCUCAGACAAACCUUCAGUGUGACAAAGGACAGGUUUUAGUCAUCCACAGUGCUAGUUACGGACGGCAUGACAAAACCACGUGCUCUGAUGGACGUCCUACAUCUCAGCUCCAAGUUGUCACAUGCUCAAGUUCCACAAGCGAUGAUGUUGUUGCUUCGAGCUGUAAUGGGAAAAACAGCUGUACUAUCCCAGCGACUAACUCUGUGUUUGGAGACCCCUGUGUUGGCACCUACAAGUACCUGGAGGUGGUUUAUACUUGUCAGUUCCAGACUGUAACGUGUGAAGGAUCCGAGGCAAACCUUCAGUGUGCUGAAGGACAGGUUUUAGUCGUCCACAGAGCUCAUUUCGGGCGGCAGGACAAAACCACGUGCUCUCUUGGACGUUCUGCCUGCCAAAUCAAAAAUGUCGACUGCACAACUCCUGCAAGUAUUAAUUUGGUAACUGACAGAUGUAGCGGGAAAAAUAACUGUAGUCUCUCAGCAACCAGCUCUGUGUUUGGAGACCCCUGUAUUGGCACCUACAAGUACCUGGAAGUGGAUUAUACUUGUCAGUUCCAGAGUCUAACAUGUGAAGGGUUUCAGGCAAACCUUCAGUGUGGUGAAGGACAGAUUAUUGUUGUCCAUGGAGCUCAUUAUGGUCGCCAUGACAAAACCACAUGCUCUGCUGGACGUCCUGCUUCUCAGCUCCAAGUUGUCACGUGUUCAAGUCAGAGUAGUACUGAUGUUGUUGCUAAAAGCUGUAAUGGGAAAAAAAGCUGUACUAUCCCAGCGACCAACUCUGUGUUUGGAGACCCCUGUGUUGGUACCUACAAGUACAUGCAGGUGGUUUAUACUUGUCAGUUCCAGACUGUAACAUGUGAAGGAUCUCAGAUAAACCUUCAGUGUGGUAAAGGACAGGUUUUAGUCAUCCACAGAGCUGAUUAUGGGCGGCGUGACAAAAUUACGUGCUCUGCUGGACGUCCUGCCUCUCAGCUCCAACUUGAAACGUGCUCAAGUCCUGGGAGCAAGAAUAUUGUUGCUAACAGCUGUAAUGGGAAAAACAGCUGUACAAUCUCAGCAAGCAACUCUGUGUUUGGAGACCCCUGUGUUGGCACCUACAAGUACCUGGGAGUGGUGUAUGCUUGUUACUGAAAACAUUAAGUCAACUAUUCAUUGUGUGAUCUGACAUGAAAAUGUCGCAUCCCCACUGUUGAUGUCACUUCCACUAGAAUGUCGAGCCUCGAUGACAUCACUGCUGGAAGAUGUAUUGACAAAUAUGAUUUCAUAUCACAAUAAAAACAAAUAAACACAUAUCCUAAGCAGCAAA